GCCUGAGGUCAUAUUGGACAUUUGUCUUAUUUAAGCUCGGCGAGGAGAAGAUGCCUCAACCCAAAGUGAAGCUGGUGGUGACGGGAGAUGAUUUUGGGUACUGCGAGAGGAGAAAUCAGGGGAUUGUGGAUUGCUUCAGAGCUGGUGGGAUCUCCAAUGUCUCUCUCCUGGUGAAUGCAGUGUCGGCAAAACACGCGGCAGAGCUGGCUAAAAGGUAUCACAUCCCUAUUGGACUCCAUGCGAAUCUCUCCGAAGGUCUUCCAGUGUCUCAGGAAUUGAAGUGUUCAACACUCCUCAACAAGGAUGGUUUCUUUCAUGGCAAGAUGGGCUUCAGGGAAGUUUUGCACAGUGGUCAGCUCAAGAUGUCAGAGGUGGAGGCAGAGCUUAGAGCCCAGGUGAAUCGCUUCUGUGAACUGAUUGGCCACAUGCCUUACCAUAUGGAUGGACACCAGCAUGUGCACGUGUUGCCAGAGGUGCGAGAGGUCUUCGCACAAGUUCUCUCUGAUUUUGGGAUCACCUACACUCGGGUCCCUAUAGAGCCCGGUCUGAGGUUUUGCAACUUCCUCCCGUCCCAUUUGAGAGAAUUCUACGCGCAGGUGGAAAAAGAUGCCCUUGAAUCUAUUGAGGUUUUUCAUCGGCAUGGAAUCAGAUGGCCUGACGUGUACCUGGGCCUGAGCACCAUGGGUAAGAACAUGUGUUUGUCCAACCUGAAGCAUGCUUUGGAAGCUUCACUGGAUGACGGUGUAUCUUCUCCAUUGAUACUGACACAGUCCAACAAUAAUGCAGCGAGCGACUGCUACCGACCGGUUACGGCAGAGCUCAUGGUGCAUCCAGGAUAUCCCAGUCAACCUCAGCAGGGUGGAUGCGGAGAAGGACCGGAUGACUUUUCACAGUCCACAGAUCGACUACAUGAGUUGAACACUUUGAGAGACCCAAUGGUGCUUGGCUAUUACAGGCAACAGGGAAUUCAUCUCUGUGCUUUCAAAGACUUUUAAACACUUCAAACAGAGUAUUCAGUGGGAUCAUAACUUAAAGGAUAGAAGAUCUCAACUCAUACCUCAAAGAAUUAUUAUAUAGAGCAGUGUUUCUCAACCACAUUCCUGAAGGACCACCAGAUCUGCACAUUUACCAUGCCUCCUUAACCAAACACACCUGAUUCCAGUCAUCAGCAGACUGAGAGACCUGUAAUGGGUGUGACAGACAAAGUUGACAUCCAAAACAUGCAGUGUUGGUGGUCCUUUAGGAAUGUGGUUGAGAAACAUUGCUCUAGAUCAGUGUUUGUCAACCACGUUUUUCGAGGACCACUAGCUUUGCUCAUUUUCCAUGUCUUCUUAACCAAACACAAAGGUGUGACAAAGGAGACAUCUAAAACAUGCAGUGUUGGUGGUCCUCUAGGAACAUGGUUGAGAAACACUGAUAUAGACUGAAUGCUUGAUUUUGGGAAAAGCCAGAAAAAUGGUGGUCGGUUCUUUUUUUUGCUGCUUCCAAAGCCAUACUAAAUCAUCUAAAGCUGCUACAUGUUAAAGGGUUGGUUCACCCAAAAUUAAGAUGUACUCUCCCUGAAGUAGUUCCAAAGAUUUAUGAGUUUCUGUUGAACCAAAAAGAAAAUUUAUUUAGAAGAAAGCUGAAAACCUGUAACCACUGACUUCCAUAGUAUUUGUUUUUCCUACUAUGGAAGUCAAUGGUUACAGGUUUUCCAGCAUUCUUCGAAGUAUCUCCCUUUGUGUUCAACAGAACAAAACUCAAAUUGAUUUGGAACAACACAAUUGUGAGUGACUGAAACAAAAAUGUUCAUAUUUGGGUGAAAUAUCCCUUUAGAGAAGUAUAAUAUAGCAGUGUUUCUCAACCACAAUCCUGAAGGACCACCAACACUGCAUGUUUUGGAUGUCUCCUUUGUCUGUCACGCCCAUUACAGGUCUUCCAGUCUCUACUAAUGAGCUGAUGAUCAAAAUGAGGUGUGUUUGAUUAAAGAUACAAAGAAAAUGUGCAGAGCUGGUGGUCCUCCAGAAACGUGGUAGAGAAACACUGUAUUAUAGUAAUUAUUCAACAAAACUCCCCAAGAUGAAGUUAAAUUACACAGUUUUACAUUUUUAACAUAAUAUUAUCUUGUAAAGAUGCUCCGAGUUAGUUUUUACUAUAGGAAUGUGCAAUUUAAUCUGGAUUUGAUGAGAAAAACUCUCUCAAAUCCAUAUUGAUAUUAUAGAGCAGUGUUUCUUAACCACCAGCACUGCAUGUUUUGGAUGUUUGCGUUACACCCAUUACAGGUCUUUUAGUCUCUGCUAAUAAGCUGGUGAUCUGAAUCAGGUGUGUAUGAUUAAGGAGACAUAGAAAAUAUGCAGAGCUGGUGGUCCUCCAGAAACAUGGUUGAGAAACACUGUAAAAUAGUAAUUAUUCAACAAAACCCCUUAAGAUGAAGUUAGAUUGCACCGUUUUUAAAAUAGUAACAUGUUAUUAUCUAGUAAAGCUGCUCUGGGUUAGUUCUUACUAGAGGAAUGUGCAAAUUAAUCUGGAUUUGAUCAGAAAAACUCUCUCAAAUCCAUAUUGAUAUUGUAGAGCAGUGUUUCUCAACCAAGUUCCUGGAGGACCACCAGCUCUGCCUGUUUUGGAUGUCUCCUUUGUCUGUCACACCCAUUACAAGUCUUUCAGUCUCUGCUAAUCAGCUGAUGAUCUGAAUCAGCUGUGUUUGGUUAAGGAAACAUAGAAAAUAUGCAGAGCUGGUGGUCCUCCAGGAAUGUGGUUAACCACCAGUAUAUUAUAGUAAUUAUUAAACAAAACAUCAAGAUGAAGUUAGAUUGCAGUUUUUAAAAUUGUUAUCUAGUAAAGAUGCUCCGGGUUGGAUCUUACUAGAGGAAUGUGCAAUUUAAUCUGGAUUUGAUCAGAAAGACUCUCUCAAAUCCAUAUUGAUAUUAUAGAGCAGUGUUUCUCAACCAUGUUGCUGAAGAACCAGCAACACUGCAUGUUUUGGAUGUUUCCUUUGUCUGUUAGAUACAAUACAGGUCUCCCAGUCUCUACUAAUAAGCUGAUGAUCUGAAUCAGUUGUGUUUGGUUAAGGAGACAGAGAAAAUGUACAGAGCUGGUGGUCUGUCACACCCAUUACAGGUCUUUCUUUCUCUGCAAAUGAUCUGAAUCAGGUGUGUUUACUUAAGGAGACAUUAAAAAUGUGUAGAGCUGGUGGUCCUCUAGGAACGUGGUUGAGAAACACUGUAUUAUAGUAAUUAUUAAACAAAACAUCAAGAUGAAGUUAGAUUGCAGUUUUUAAAAUUGUUAUCUAGUAAAGCUGCUCUGGGUUAGUUUUUACUAUAGGAAUGUGCAAUUUAAUCUGGAUUUGAUCAGAAAGACUGUCUCAAAUCCAUAUUGAUAUUAUAGGGCAGUGUUGCUCAACCAUGUUAUAGAAGGACCACCAACACUGCAUGUUUUGGAUGUUUCCUUUGUCUGUUAGAUCCAAUACAGGUCUCCCAGUCUCUACUAAAAAGCUGAUGAUCUGAAUCAGUUGUGUUUGGUUAAGCAGACAUAGAAAAUGUACAGAGCUGGUGGGCCUCUAGGAACGUGGUUGAGAAACACUGUAUUAUAGUAAUUAUUAAACAAAACCCCAAGAUGAAGUUAGAUUGCAGUUUUUAAAAUUGUUAUCUAGUAAAGCUGCUCUGGGUUAGUUUUUACUAUAGGAAUGUGCAAUUUAAUCUGGAUUUGAUCAGAAAGACUCUCUCAAAUCCAUAUUGAUAUUAUAGGGCAGUGUUUCUCAACCAUGUUGUUGAAGGACCACCAACACUGAAUGUUUUGGAUGCUUCCUUUGUCUGUUAGAUCCAAUAUAGGUCUUCCAGUCUCCGCUAAUAGGCUGAUGAUUUGAAUCAGUUGUGUUUGGUUUAGGAGACAACGAAAUGUACAGAGCUGGUGGUCCUCCAGAAAAAUGGUUGAGAAACAGUGUUAUAGAGAACUGUACACUCCAAUAGCAGUACUGUUUUAAUGACCAUAAUGUACUAUGUGAAGAUUUUAACAACUGAACAUGUAGCGUUUACUUUAUAUAUUUAAAAAAACAUGUUUUUUUUAGGUACACUGUUUAUAAUGAAUAUAUUUAUGAUAUUUUUAUGAACCUGAAUUAAAAGCACAGUCCCUUUUACUUUUGAUUUCUUUCUUUGGGACAAAUAAUAUGAUCGCAAAAUAUAUUUAAAAAAAUUAAAAAGGU